CGGGCCGGUGGCUGGAGGUGCCUUUCGGGAGGCGGCGGGAGGUGACCCGGGACGGGCCUGCGGUCGCCAUCCCCCGCCGGCCCGGCCCCGGGAGCGCCUCCGGCCGGGCCCCGGCGCAGCAUGGCGGGGCCGUGGGGGGGCCGGCUGACUCGGCGCUCCUCCCAGGUUGGCGGCGGGGGCGGCGGGUGCUGCUGGGCGCUGCCCACGGGGCUGCUGUGCGCCUACGGUUUCUUCUGCAGCGUGCGACCCUCGGAGCCCUUCCUCACCCGGUACCUGCUGGGGCCGCACAAAAACCUCUCCGAGACCCAGGUGUUCAACGAGAUUUACCCGGUGUGGACUUACUCCUACCUGGCGCUGCUGUUCCCGGUGUUCCUGGCCACGGACUACCUGCGGUACAAGCCCGUGAUCCUGCUGCAAGGCCUGAGCCUCAUCGUUACCUGGUUCAUGCUGCUGUAUGCCCAGGGGCUGUGGGCUGUCCAGUUCCUGGAGUUCUUCUAUGGGAUGGGGACCGCCACCGACAUUGCUUAUUACUCCUACAUCUACAGCGUCGUCGAUAUCAACCUGUACCAGAAGGUCACCAGCUACUGCCGGAGUGCCACCCUGGUGGGCUACACAGUGGGCUCGGUGUCCGGGCAGGUCCUUGUGUCCGUGGCAGGGUGGUCCCUCUUCAGCUUGAAUGUUAUCUCCUUAACCAGCGUAUCCAUUGCCUUUGGCACAGCGUGGUUCCUGCCAAUGCCACAAAAAAGCCUUUUCUUUCACCAUGUCUCAAGUCAGCAGCUCGGUUGGGAAAUGAAGGUCAUGGACUGUAAAAAUGGCUCUGCUGUCCAAGAUCAUCCUGCCGUGCAGAGGGCACCUGGCUGGGAGGAUGAGACAAAAGUUCCCUUAAACGGGGAGGGUCAUUCAGCAGAGAAACAGGAGCAGAAAGUAGACAUUGUAAAGGUGCUCAAAGAUCUCUGGCGGGACUUCCUGCAGUGCUACUCCUCCCGUACCAUGCUGUGCUGGUCCGUGUGGUGGGCACUGUCCACCUGUGGCUACUUCCAGGUCAUCAACUACGCUCAGGGCCUGUGGGAGAUGGUGCUGCCUUCUCACAAUGCAGAGAUCUACAAUGGUGCCGUGGAGGCAGCCUCGACACUACUAGGAGCUGUUGCAGUGUUUGCUGUGGGUCACAUAAAAACAUCCUGGGCAAUGUGGGGUGAGGUGGCACUUGCCCUGUUCUCCUUUCUUAUUGCUGCUGCUGUAUAUAUCAUGGACACUGUUCGUAACAUCUGGGUGUGCUAUGCAUCAUACGUUGUCUUCAGAAUUAUCUACAUGCUGCUAAUCACAAUAGCAACGUUCCAGAUUGCUACAAAUCUCAGCGUGGAGCGGUACGCCCUGGUGUUUGGGGUCAAUACUUUCAUUGCCUUAGCACUUCAGACGGUGCUCACUUUGAUUGUUGUGGAUGCCAGCGGGCUUGGGUUGGACAUCUUCACCCAGUUCAUGAUUUAUGCCUCUUAUUUUGCGGCCAUCUCACUGGUGUUCUUGGGCAGUGGCAUAUACAGUAUUAUGAGAGCUUACAGAAGACAAAAGCAGAUGCGAAGUAGAUCUCCUGAAAGCCAGUAGUGCAUGAAGUGAAGACUCACAGUGGCUACAUAUGAAGACGUAGGUCUGUUUUGGGGUUUGUGUUUUGGUUUUGUGGUUUUUUGUUUUUUGUUUUUUUUUUUUUUUUUUAAAUCUCUGCCUUUUCUUCCCAAGGCAGUUACCUUAAUGGUACUUGAUCCAUAUUUAUACUAUAUUAGUAGCACAUUUUAGAAGGUAAUUGUAUUAGCUCUUACGUAAGUAAGAACAAAUACCUUCUUUCUAAAAUGCCUUUCAUUUUUCUGUUGCGUAUAUGGGAUGUGCAGCAAAUAACAGUAAGCUUUCUCAAAGAAUGAAAGCCUUGGGAGGUUUUAGUCCAAGGCUAUGCAUUUGGAGGCUGCCGUUGAAAAGGCAGCUUCAUGAUUGUCUAGUCAGCUGCUACUCUUUGUCAUUGAAGUGCUGCUGCAGGGCAGAAGUGAGGGCAUGCUAACAGACCUCUAUGUGGAAGAGCCCCAGGCCUGGGACAGGAGGUGGCCUUAGGCCUGUGCUCUGCAGCGUGGCUCUCCUCUGCCUGCCUCCUGAUGCUGGAUGAUCCAUUUUGAGGACUAGAAAACUUACAUUUCUGCAUCUGCACGUGCUUUCUUGAGUUGCUUGUAGUGUUUCUGCUGGUUCUUUCUGUCGCCCCUGCUGUCAGAGCUUUACGAUAGCUGAUCAUGGUGCUUUCCCAAAAAACUAACUGUGUCCUGGGGCAACUUGUGACACUGGUGAAUUGGCUACCAGCAGCGCUACUGGUGCCAUGAAGGCCUGUGCCCAAGGGACUGCAAAGUUAGAGUGAAAACUUAGAGGGAGUUUAAGUAGACAAAAUGCUAAUCUGAGGGACCCUUGGACAUCCCUGCCUUUGUCCUUUGGGACUGCAGAUUCCUGUGAUUACAGGAAUCAUCGCCUCACAGCCCUGGAGGCUGGGCUAUUUCAGUGGGAUGGUAGAUGUUGGUAUAGCACUGAGGAGGAUUUUAGGCUAUUCUUUGUGACCUCGGAGAAUCGUAACUAAAUAGACACCUUCGGUUAUGGUAGUUAGCAGGUUGACUGCCUGAGGCUUUGAAAAAUGCUGAUUUCUGCUCUGUCAGUUUUUCCUCUUAUUUUAAAUUGCCUUUAUGCCUCUGGUGAGUCUCUGUCCACUAGUUCUACCUCUGCUUUCCACCGAAGCAGGACAAUGAAUGUUUGGAGUGGGUAGUUCUUUUAUUUUAUUUUGUCCAGUCUAAGCAAUUUGGGAUUUGCCUCAUACCUGGUUUUAAAAAAUAAUUCAUUUUUUCCAAAUUGCUUCAGCACUGGGAAGGAGUUGCACAGAGUUGUCCUGGGCUUGGGCACCUGGAUACUCAUGCACCAUGACCAGUACAGCAACGGAUACCUAUAGUACAGUGUGUGGAAAUGGCCUAUGGGCUGUCCCCGUUGCUGUGCAGGUUGUGAUGAGUUUAAGUGUACAGGAGAACCGGUACGGGAGAAGACGCAAUGCAGCAUGCUUCCCCUCCACGCUUUCUCUCUGUGUACUGGUUAGAGCUUCUUCCAGUCGGAGCCUGAAGAAGAAGCUUCGGUUCAUUGCUAGCUUUUAGUGCCACGGAGACUUCACAGCAUUGGGGUUGGGAAGGCUUCUCUCCCCUGGCUGGGACAGGUACGGCCUUUCUCAUCACUUCUGUGAGCCUCAGCCUUUACCAAGCAAGGUGAAUGAUUAAUGUGUUUGGGAUGUGCUGUCUGGGGAGCCCUUCCAGGCUGGCUGCUCAGGGGAACCCACUCCCCAAAGCUUCUCUGUGUUUGCAGCCUGCCUCCUAGAACAUCCCCCUAAAUGUAGGGGCUCAGUUGUACUGGCAUUUACGCGUGUAAACUUAACUGCCUUAUCCUGAAAUGGAAACUUGAAGCCACCCGUGUAUAUAUUCCUUUCUUUACUGUUUUUUGUUUUUUAAAAAAAAAUCAAAUCUGAAGCCGUGAAACACGAGCUGACGAGCUGCCUUGGGAAAGGGAUAGUAAGUGCACAUCCUGCAUGUCCUGUCCUUUGGGUUCCUUGGUGUGAUGGCAGUUGCAGCAAGGCGUGAGGAGUGGGUGUACAGCACUUGUGUCGAGCGACCAAAAGAAGCAGCUCAAUUUUAGUCACAUUUUUCAAACAAAGAAAAAAAAUCUUUGAUGGGGAACAACCCGGUUAUUUAAAAGCAAGUCAAAAAUUAACUAAUGAAUUACAGCAAUAAUAAUGAUUUUUUUCUACCAAAGUAAUUGAAACUGCAGCAACUGCAAUAGAGAGGCAUGCCACACUGUGUACUCCUUCAGGCCUGUUAAUGCAUGGAAGCCGGACCUGGAUGUUGCUCAGGUUCCUACGCUGUGCUGUUGCUGUGGUGAUGAGGUGACUAUAGAGCCUGACUGGAGCUCUACGCGGAGUUACUGAUGCCUAUGAAAUUCUGUAAACAUGUUGACAUCGGUGGUUUCUAACUGAAUAAUUAUUUUUUAUUGAAUAAAAACACUCUGAGAGAU